CCAAAGCGUCCAUCGCCAUCUCUUCGCGCAGACGUGUGGCAUCUGAGUUGUCAGCGCUGAAGAAGUUGGCGUUCUCGCCAGCUUUGCCCAAUUUGCGGCGUAGGUUGCCAACAUUGAACAUGCGCGUGGGGAAGCCCAGCCACUCGAUGUAGCGAAGUGUCUUGUGAACCACGAAGCUCUUGCCGCGCGCUGGUAGACCCACCAUUACGAGCACGAGCUUCUUCUGCGACGAGAUGAGGCCGUCCGUGCUGCCAGUACCGUCGGCGCUCUCUUCGCUGCUGUCACUGUCAAUGGAUACGGUGUCACCUUGCGGCGAUUUCUUCCACAUCCACUGGGACUUGCGAUCAUCACCAAGGCUGUUGAGGCGCUUUAGCCGCUGGUUUGCAAAGCGGCGGUGCAUGGUCUUGUACACCAGUAGGCGCUUGCCACCGUCACGCAUAGCAUCUCGCAGCGUCUCGCGAUAAAUUACCACUUGGAGGGCGAGUGCAAGAGCGAGCGCCACGGACCACCCAGCGCCUCCCGGACUCGGAAGACUAGGAAGAUUCAGCUUCAUGCGAGUGUGGACUGUUAGAUGAUUGAGGUCGAUUGAAUUGUGUCGCUGCUCGUCGUGUGCAACGUGAGCGCGUUUUUGCCAAAUGACCGCGCGUGCUGGAAACGUUUCUGUGUCCUGAUGAAAGUGACCGAAUGAGAUGCGCAGAGACAUGGAAUAAGAUUUGAAAGGGGACAAAAUACCGGACACGUGCAAAAUGGUUUUUGCUGCUGACGCCGGUGGAUGAAUCUUGAUCUUCUUUAAGGCAUAAUCCCCUGGGUUGGAAAGCUCCUGACGCACGUGGCGAGACAUUCCGCUAUGCACAAGCAGCAGCGUCAGCAGCACUGCCAACCGCGCGACGCGGCUGCGACGAGGAUACAGCGUACCUUCCGUGGAUGGAGGGCUCGUCGCCGCAUCGUGUACCAAGUGCGCGAGGACACGGAGGUUCUGGUAGCUGACAUCCAGCGCCAACUGAACGGCGAGUGGGCGCUACUUGGGCCAGCAGCGGCAACGUCCUUCUCGCUGGACUGGGGGUGCGACGGCAUACUGCGGCUGCCGCGCAUAGAAGACUCGCUCUUCGGUAUUUCAGUGCGUUUUCCACUGGUCGAGUUAGAGGAAGAGCAGGUUAUCGACGACGCCGAAGCUGCAAACGAAUAUGAGCGAGCUGCCAGCGUAGACAGCGGGCUGAUAGCAAUUGAUACAAGUAGUGAAUCGCAACAGGACAAGGCGAUGCCGUUUGAAACGACUCUUGACAGUGCGUUCGAGAACUGUCCACCAGCCGACGACACUGGCGCACAAUCUUCGCAGGGGACUAUUAGAGCCGAGGCUGCGAACAGCUCCGAUAUCAGCAGCUGUGAUGCGUGCGUGUCGGCUGUAGAAACACGAAGCACCACGCUCCAAGCAGAAACGUCGGCGGAGGAAACGAAGCAGCAGUCCGAGCGUCAAACGGAAAGCAUGGACGGAGCGCCACUGCAGCGUGGCAAAGAUGGGAAUACCCAGCUGGCAAGCGUGCAGGAAAUCAUCGUGACACACUCGCGAGCUGAAAUCUUGCUCGAGCUUGAGUGGGCACGUCAAGCACUGCGCGACCGGCGUAAGGUAAGUGUGUUCAGCGCUUCGUCAGUGGCUCGCCAAAUGUCUGAAUGCUUGCUUAUCGCGUCUUGCUUCACAGUACCUGCGAUCCAAGAGGCGUGUUGAACGUGGCACGGAUCCGUGCGCAUGUGCAUAAUCCUCACGAGCACUAAAGCCACACACUGUAGUUAUAAACCAUUCCGUAAAUUUGCACGUCAUGACACCAUCGCCUCAACCUAACACAAAGCUUAGAAGCGCAUAUCGUGCACACGAUCGUUCUUGGUCAGCGUGAACUUGGCAUUCAGGUACGCGCG